AUGGAUUCCUCAAUUCCUAAGGAACCACGUACUGUCAAACAAGCUUUGGCACAUUCUGGAUGGAAGAAAGCUAUGGAGGAGGAAUUAUCUGCUCUUCACAAAAAUGAGACUUGGACUUUGGUUCCUAGGACGCAUGACAUGAAUGUGAUAGGGUCAAAAUGGGUAUUCAAGGCGAAGCUUAAAUCCGAUGGUUCCCUUGAUCGAUUAAAACCACGGUUAGUCGCAAAAGGAUAUCAUCAAGUUGAUGGUCAAGAUUUUACAGAAACUUUUUCUCCAGUUGUUAAACCAGGAACCAUUCGACUUGUUCUUUCAAUUGCUUUGGUUCGACGGUGGAAACCAUUGGAAACAAAAGUUCAAGCUAAGAUUGGUGGAAAAGAGAGUGUUGAAAAUAAGAAAGAUAACGAAGAUAUUGGUGGAGUGCCAUGGAGUGCAGGAGAUGACAUUGCAUUACUAAAUGCUUUAAAAGCAUUUCCCAAGGAUGUGGCAAUGAGGUGGGAGAAAAUUGCAGCUGAAGUUCCUGGGAAGUCAAUGGCAGCUUGUAGGAAAAGAGUUGCUAAAUUGAAAAGGGAUUUUCCGAGUUCGAAAGCUGGUGCCGAGAGUCAGCUUAAAUUUUUUGAAGUUUGA